ACGAAAGUGUUGUUGCCAUAGUCACGCCUUGUGCUAUUGCGCUGAGGUUCCUGCCAACCGGGCCACAAUCAAAACAGUUCUCUGCUUGUAACGUGCAACAAAUUCUUGUUCCUGUUCCGUCCUGCCACAAGCAAUCCCGAAGACAGACCCCGAGCGAAACACCAAACCCCGCAACAAUGUCCAACUCAACAGCGAGCAACAGCCCGAACAAGAAGAAGAAACCGCUGCCGUACUUCAUGGAAAGGACGGAAGAAGCGGCCCUGCCCUCGUUCCAGAACCGGCGCACGCUGGCCGACCACGUCAAGGACAAUAUGCUGUGCGCCGGGCGGAAGCGUUACUUCCAGCGCAUCGUGUACGUUGGCCGCCAUCCAAAAGUGACGGGGAUGACGCUGCGCGACCGCUUUCUGAAGCUCAUCAAGGAGCUGCAGGAGUGUACGGUGUGCGAGAUCAAGCUGUUCGGGCUGAUGAUUAACUUCGACGGGUACACGGUGCACAUGGUGGAGAGUGCGGAGGAAACGGUCGGCGAGUAUCUGCGCACGCUGGCGGCGGCCGACCUGUUCGAGGAGAGCCGGGUCGUGCUGGUGUACAACAACAUCAACCAGCGGCUCUUCCGCAAGCUCGUCUGGCGCGUGUCGGACUAUCUGAACGAGCUGAAGCGCACCGAGCUGGACCAGCGGGACCCGAACCUGACGCAGGGCACCAUCAACGCCUUCCUGGUGCAGGUGUACCAGCUGUGCAAGAUGGUGCGGGAAGAGGAGCUGGAUGAAAGAUCCGCCUUUAAAUCGCUCUAUCUGGACGAAAACUACGAAGAGCACACGCCGGACAUUGCGGUGCUGGAGUAUCUGCUCGGCCUGAAGUGUCUGUUCACCGUGCCCGAGUACGCAUCGUUCUACGGCCGGCUGCCGGACGUCAGCAGCUUCCGGGACCGCGUUUGGCCCAUCCCGAAAGAUCUCACGCCGUACGAUGUGUUCGAGACGGGAAAAUACGAUGUGAACCUAACGUUCGGUGGGAAAUAAACUGCUCCUUCUAAAUUGGAAAAUU